CGCAACGGAGGUGCGCUUGUGCUCUUGGGCUGCUCUGCCUGCAUUGUGCUUGCGUGUGUGCGCGAGUGUGCGAGUGAGCACUCUUCCCCCUUUCCAUAGCACGCCCAAUGCUCGACUUGAGGCAAUCUGCCGGUCGCGUCAUGAUGGUUUCGCUGGUGGUGAUGAUGAUGAUCAUGCUGCUCGUGCUGCAGCCUGCGCAUGGCCAACCGAGCACCGCCACCACCAGCACCAGCAGUCACUCUGCCGUGCACGCAUCUCCGUCCCACGCGCUGCUCAGCCCUGACGCCGACGCAGUAGGAGCGGUCGUGCAGAUCAACGUCUCGGACGCGAAUCAGCUCCAGUCUGCAAUCCAGCUCUAUGCAAACCCAGCAACGCGCCUCGUCCUCGUCCUCACCCCACCCGCAGCCACCACAGCCACCACAGCCACCACAGCCACGCCCCCAUCACUGGCACUGGCUGCGGCCGCUGGCACGAUCGUCCUGCCCACGACCAUAGCGAUUCCACCCGGUUCGGCGGUCUGGAUUCGCGGGAGCGUGCCACUCGGACCCGACGGCGCGGCUCCUGCCAGCAACAAGCCCACAUUGGAAGAUGCGCGAGACAGGCUCGGAGCCAGUGCUCGCAGCGCGUUUCAACAGCUCAUCGCGCUGGUCUGCCAGGCGGGCGUCGGGUUUUCCGUUGAGCCAUCUGCGCGCCUGUCAAUACAAGAUGUGCAACUUGUCGGAUGCGCAACUACUGCUGUGCAACUCAACAGGAGCUCCUCUGCGUUCUUCUCCAACGUUUCGUUUGCUGACAAUGGACAAGCAUCUCUCGGCCAAGCCCCAUCGAGCAGCGCGCCACUUGUAUCGUCGUGCGUGCAGGGCUCUGACAACACCACGAGCAGCUUUUCCAACUGCUACUUUUUGGAAAACGGCAGCGGGUCGUUCGGCAGCGUUGGUUUGCUUGGUCCUUCAUCAAGCACCUUUAGUGAUUGCGUAUUUGCAGACAAUCUCGCGAUCGCUGCACAACUUUGCCUUCAAUCCGAUGACACACUGUCUGCGAGCAAUCCGAUUCGUCUGGUCUUGGACCGAGUCAUUGUGGCCAACAAUUCAGCCGGCGAUGAAUUUGGCACAUCCGGUCGCGCAGCCGGGUUCUUGCUCGCCAGAGGAGCCGCUGUCGUUGCCAUGGCCUCGUGCUUCUUUCUCCACAACAGUGGCUUUUCCGCUGGAGUGAUUGACUUUGAUCCUCAGCGAAACAGCGACAGUGCUCUUAUCGCGACUAGGUGCACAUUUUCCGAAAAUGACUGCCUCUCUCCCUCGGGGGACAACUACGCCUCUGGCGUUCUGAAUGCGAGAAACUCGGGGACCGCCAUCUUUCAGAACUGUACCUUUGAUAACAAUUGGACUUCUGGGAAUGGUGCUGUUGCGAUGGUGGCACAAAACUUUCAAUUAGUCAUCGAGCAUUGUAUUUGCGACAACAACACUGCAUCCGGAUACGGUGGUUGCUUUGCCAUCACGGACGCUGCAUCGCUGGAAAUGACCUCCAGCCUGCUCAGUGACAAUCGUGCUGUUUUCGGCGGUGCUGUUGCUUCCCUCGGUGAGCAAGCGACUGUCGCCGUCCUGAACUCGCUUUUUCUCAACAAUUCUGCCAUUUCGGGCGGCGCCAUCAUUUUGGAAAACGGUGCGGCAAACGUGUCGCAGUGUACCUUUCUGGCUGACUCUGCCUUGUCUGGCGGAGUGGCUGCUCUUAGCGGAUUUUCUGCGCUACUUUUCAAUGGAUGUGUUGUUUCCGAGUGCAAAGCUUCCGGUGUUGGGGGUGUUGUUCAUCUGACCCAGACAUCAUUCAUUGACAUUUCCGACAGCUCGUUUACCAACAAUUUUGCUGCAUCCGGUGGCGUCGUGUCCUCCACCGACGCGUCGUCGGUCGUGGUUUCGAAUUGCAACAUGACCCUCAACUAUGCGGUUGUUUCGGGAGGAGUUGCUGUCGUUGACACGUUUGGCCAGCUCCGAUUUCAAGAAUCAAGGCUGACAGCCAACUAUGCUUUGACCGGAGCGGGUGGCGUGGUGUAUGCCCGCAGCGCCGCGUCCGUUGUGUUUUUCGACUGUGAGAUUACAGAAAACUUUGCCCCGCUUGCCGGCGUCGUCUACCUCGAUGAUUGUGCAAAUCUCGCCAUGCUCAAUGUGACAGCCCACCAGAACAUGGCGGUGACGUCUGGCGGUGUCUUUGCGUCGUCUGGCGUGACUGCAGAGACGUAUGCAGGUCGAAACCCUGUCGCCCAGAGCGUAGCCGACCUCACAAAGCUACUCGACCCGCUGCUUUUGCAGCUUGGCGUCCAACCCAAUCUGCAGCCGCGCGACUUUGUCACCGUCAGCCUGAACUCGAGCGUCUUUACAGACAACGUGGCUCAGACGGGUGAUGGUGGUGUCGGCUGUGCGUACAUGGGAGACUUGCAGGUCGCUCAAAGCGCCUUUUCCGGCAACCGGGCACUUGUGGGGAGCGGUGGGGCGCUCGUAUUUGACGACGCUAGAGGCAACACCUUGCCUACCAAGCCUGGUUUAACCUUUCAGCUCGAGUCAUCCGAGUUUAGCGCCAACCAAGCCUCCGAAAGCGGCGGUGCAAUGCUGUUGACCAGCUCAUUGUCGUUGCCAGCUGCGGCAGUUCUCAUUUCCGGAUGCAUCUUCCAAGACAAUGCGGCUCGGCGUGGCGGCGCUUGCUUUUCAAAUGCUGUGUCGUUUGUUGACAUUGUUGCGAAUGGCAGCACGAGCUCCAACAACACGGCGAGUUUGUAUGGAGCGAGCAUCGCCACGUUCUGCACCCAUGCACCCUUCCUAGCCAGCAACCCCGUCUCCAUUUUUUCGGGUGGCAGUGUUUCGGUUGGUGGUGUGCGACUGCUCGAUGGCUUGAAUCAACUUGUGCAGUUUGACACGGCUGCCUACGUGUCCUUGCGGUUGUUUGACGCAGCGGGUGACGUGACUGAUUCGGCCAUCGCUGUUGGAAUCGCCUCCGUUGUCCCAAAACAAGGGACGGCCGACAUUCCGGAAGUUAAAGUGUUCGGCCAUCCAGGCAGCUACGCGCUCGUCCCGACGCUGUUCGAUGGCACAACAACAAGCGUGUUUUUGGAGAAUGCGCUGCCCGUUACCAUCGCUGCUUGUCCGUCGGAUCAUUUGCUAAUCUGGGACGACUUGACCAUGUUCUCACACUGCGUCGCCGAGGAAUCGGCCAACAAAGUGCUCUCCAUUGUCUUGAGCGUCAUUGCGGGCUGGCUUAUUCUCGGUAUUUUCGGGUGUCUUAUCGUGGUUCAUCGAUGUAAUGAUCACAAGAUCAUUCUGAUUGCAGGAGAAACGUGGUGUCAACUGCUUGGGCUGGCAAGCGCCUUGUGCUUCUUGCAACUAUUCUUCCGGCUCCAGAAUCGACCAUCGGACGCACUAUGUGGCGUCAUUCUUUGGAGCGGGCACCUUGCAUAUGUUCUGGGAUUAUCAACUAUUGCAAGCAAACUGGCCUUUUCGAAACCACGCUCGUUCUCGACCGCACGGAAUUUUGAACUGCGUGUGAACACUGUUGAUAUGAUUCGGAUUGUUGGUGGCUCCGUCCUUACUUGUCUAACUCUUCUUGCAAUCUGGACCGCCGUCUAUCCAUCGACCGCUGAAAUUGCAUACAUUACAGCCAACACUGUCACGUUUGAAUGCGCGUUCGGACACGCGGCUUUUUCGUGGACAAUGUAUGCGCUCGAGAUAUGCCUGCUGUUGGCGUGCUCCUUCUUGAGCCUUCGUUUGCGCAGCAUCAUGACCCUUUACGACGACGGCCGAUAUCUGCUGGCAGCUCUGAGGUCUACAACCACCAUUGCUGCUGCUGGCUGGAUUGUUUCAGUCAUUUUUGGCGAUCAAUUGUCCGUCAGCACCGUUCGUGCGAUCGAGUCGGUGUGCUUCUUGGCCGCCGGGGCUUUACUUGUGGGGUAUAUAUUGGGUCCCAAAAUGCAUUCCAUCCACGCUCGCUCCUGGAAGACGAGCGGUGCAGGACGCGAAGCUGUAAUCUGCUACACGUUCGAAGAUCGCGCAUUCAUGAAAAAGCUUGGCGCCGGACUGGCUCACUAUGGCAUUGACGCGUGGUUUGAUGAAAUGCGACUCGAGGCGAGUGCAUUUUGGCGAAAGGAAGUGGCACAAACCAUCCAAGCAUGCCGCGUGUUUAUAUUUAUUGUGUCCCCACACUCAGUCACCUCCAACUACUGCCUGGAGGAAAUCCAGUUCGCCUACGAUCACGGGAAGGUCAUCUUCCCAGUCAUUAAAGACCGCAACUUUGAUGACGAGAUUGAUCCAGGACUGGACAUGCUUUUGAAGCGAUUCCAGUGGAUUUUCUUUGAUGGUGUGGAGCAAUCUGCCAAAGUUGGUGGCGAUGACGAGCUUGCACCAACACCCGCUGCCGUCGAAAGUGCAGGUGAUCGGACUUUGGCCACACCGACGUUUGACGAACAAGCGGCUCGACUGGCCAAGGCAAUUGUCAAGCAGCUACAAGAGAGCGGAUCUGCAAUCUUGGACGCAUCUGACCAGCAAGAUCGCGAUCUGGUCAUGGUCGACAUGACGGCUGGUGAGAAGCAAAUGGCCGAGUACUUGGAAAGCACUGGUCAGCUGCGAACUUCGGCCACCGGCUCCACCACCGCCACCACCGCCACUACCGCCACCACCCACAGACCCCUCCAUAGCCUUUUGAGCGCGAUUCGCAGCCGGACCCGCGGGGCUGGCCACUCGCACGGCCAUUCGAUUGCGGCUGGCAUCAUGGCCGGCGGUAAUUUGGGCAACUCGCUCGCCGCCAAGCUUAAACCCAAGGAGGUGUUCGUCUCUUGGGCGCAUGCAGAUGCAGAGUUUGUUCGCGAGCGCCUCUGGCCCGACCUGGAAGCGCGACAGCUGGACUGCUGGAUUGACUUUUUGCAGCUGGAAGCUGGCGAGUUUUGGCGCAAAGCCAUCGGAGCAGCCAUCAAGCACUGCCGUGUUUGCCUGUUUGUACUGACGCCAACCUCUGUUCGGUCGCAGUACUGUCAAGAAGAGCUCCUGUAUGCCUCCAAGUGCGGAAAACGCAUCGUCGUGGUCAUGGUCAAGCCCUGCAAAAAAGAGCUCGCUGACACGCUCGACGUCAAAGCGGUCAUUGAUGCGAGUGCCAUUGUUGAUUUUUCCGAUUCAGACCUCUACCACAUCAACGUGAACAUGCUGUCGUCGCUGAUCAGUGCGCAGCUCAACCUGAGCCAAGCGGCGCAAGCGAAACGGGAAGCCGGUACGGCCCCUGGCACGGCACCCGUUCGAGACAAGCGCGCGAGCUCGGUGGCUGUGACGACGAUGCGCGCUCUCACCGCGAGAAUGUCGCGCGGAGUAAGUCUGCAGCGCUCGACCGAUUUGUCGUCGGACUCGUCCUCUGCAGAGGCCUUGUCCAGACCGCCUUCCUUGGGCCACUUGAACGGUGGGCUGAGCUCGAGCAUCGACCCCAUUGCUGAAGUUGACAGUGAGUACGAUCUCGUCAACCCAGACACAAUUUCCAUGAUGAGCUUUGAGGAAAUUGGCGAUUUGGACGACUUUGGUGUCGCGCUGGCCGAGGCUCGAAAUGCAAGUGCUCCCGCAAAGCCUUCGCAGUCACGUUGGCGGUGGCCGCUUCACUUGUUUGGCAAGCCGAACACGACGCGAAGCAACAUUUCUGCAACACGGUCGGCCUCCUUGCCCUCCGCUCGACCGACCGGCAACGUAGCAGCAGAUCCCGGCACAUUACCUGUUGCCUUUGCUCAUUCCGUUCCAGCGGGUGACCCAGCGUGGCUUGAGAUGACCAGCAUUGAAACGUCCAUUUAGAAGUGGAUUUGCCUCCUCUAUUCCCGAUGCGCUCUUGAUUUGACAAGGUUAAUAUUGUACUUGUAUGUAAUUUUAAGACAUUGUUGGAAUUGAACUGAGAACAGAAGCCGAA